AUGUCUGACAAGGAAUCUGCUGCGCCUCCUACCGAGCACCUGAACAUCAAGGUGACCGACAAUAACAACGAAGUAUUCUUCAAGAUCAAGCGAUCCACCCAACUGAAGAAACUCAUGGAUGCAUUCUGUGAGCGCCAAGGCAAGCAGAUGUCCACUGUGCGCUUCUUGUUCGAUGGCACCCGUGUCCGUCCUGAGGAUUCGCCCGAUACUCUUGAUAUGGCAGAUGGUGAUACCUUGGAGGUUCACCAGGAGCAGAUCGGAGGUUGCUAG